GGUCACAUUUUACAUUUUCUGUGUUUCCUAAUCCAAUUAGUGUCUUCUUUCCCAAUUGAACUUUCUUUCCAAGAAGAUCCUCCAAAGAGUUCCUUUUUCUCCAGUUUUUUUUUUCACCUUUUUUCUCUUUUUGAUCCUAUUAAGAAGCACUGGCUCCAGAGCCAGACCAUACUAAAGCAUUUUCCUAGUAGAAAGGAUUGGAAAUCCAAAUCUUGAUUCAAAUCAUGCCUCUAAAAGUUACAAGCUUGGUGGCCACCAGUAGAAUGAACCAGGACCAACAAAAGAGUCUCAAGGAAUAGAGGGGAAAAGAAAGAGCAGUUUUUAUUUAGUACAUAGGUUUUAAGAAAGAAGGACCUUUUGGUAAUUCAGGUUUUGCCUCAUGAAAUGCUGAUUGGGUAGAAUGUAACCUUUGUCUUCCUGGUACCUAUUAUGUAUUAAGUUCUUAAACAUUUGUUGAAUUGACCUAAGUGGGAAAGUCUUUGGGAUUGAAGGGUUAGGAGUAUUGGGUUCCUGUGGAUUCUACACUGAUUAGCUUAUGUCUGGGACAAAUCACUUGACCUCUCUGAGCCUCAAUUUUUCCAUCUGCAAAAUGAGAGGAUUGGACUAGAUGACCUGCAAAAGCUAGUUCUCCUAUUCUGUUCAAUUCUUCCCUUCCCCUUUCUGCCACCAUAUUGAUUCUGAGUGCUUAAUUAUAUUGAUACAGCCUUUUCAACAAAAGAUUUUUAAAAUUAAGAAUAAAGUUCUCAAAGGGAAAGAUGUCUUUCCUUACCACUAAAGAUGUCAUUCACUCAGGCCUGGGUAUGAGACUUCUAGGGGGGAGAGACAUUUAAGAGGCCUAGUUUUAAGAGGAGAUCAGAAACUGUUUUUAGUUUGCCUUUCUAUUCCUACCUCCCCCAUUGCCAGAGCAGGAGCUUAACAAAUGUUUGUUGGAUUGGGUUGCCCCUUUAUUUGCUCUGCCCAUUGCCCUUUCCAAUCUCUCCUUGCCCCAGCUUCAGGAUUGCCAUAUUCUGUGGCUCCUGAUGGUCUCCAGACUAAAAUAUAAACUUCUUAACCAGUGGAGGGCAUAUGUCUCCAACUACCUUUUCGGUCUUGUUUUAUAUUACUCCCUUCAUAUACGCCCCAUUCUAGUCAGACUGGACUAACUCUUCACCACUCUCCAGCUGCCCUCUCCCACCUCCAUGCCUUGGUGUAGGCGGUUCCUUUUAUCUGGAAUGUACUCUCCACCUCCUGAAAAUCUUUUUCUUCAAGGUUCAGCUUAGGGGACUCUCCUCCCACUGAAAGUGAUCUCUUUCCUCUGCCCUCAGCACAUUCUACCUUUUAUCAUGAUUGUGGAUACAUGGUAUACUCCAUCUCUAGAGCCCCUUGAAAAAAGGGCCUGCUUUUCAUCCCUGCAUUUCCUGAGUCUUCCCAGUGUCUUGCAUAUAGUGUUUCUUUGGUUGAAUUUGCAUUUUUCCAGCACCUAGCUCAGUGCCCUGCUCAGAGCAGGCAAUAAAUGUUUAAUGAAUGAGCCUUCAUUCUUCUAACUCACCUACUCUAACUUACCUCACUGUUCCAUUUUUCACUAAGUGAUAGAUAGUAUGCAGUUUUUGUACAGACAUACUUGAGUUUAAUGAACUCCUUAAACUACUCGGAUAAACUACUUCAAAUUGGAGAAUGUUCAUUUGGCAGAUAAAAAUAAUCAUGGAAAAGCCACUGCCAGAUGAGCUGUUGCCCUACCAAAGCUGAGUUCCCAGACAGAGAGGUCAGAAAGACUGAGUUCAUAUUUUGUAUCAGACACUUAGAACCUGUUUGACCCUGGGCAAAUCACUUCAACUCUGACUCAGUUUCCUCACUAUAUAAAAGGAUAAUAAUUGCACUUUCCUCUGUACCUUCUUUUAGUGUUUUGUAAGGAUCAAAUGAAUUAAUAAGCACUUAACCCAAUGCCUAGCUCAUAGGAGGUACUUAAUUCUUCUACUGGUUUUACUAAUUUUUUUUAAACCCUUCCCUUUUAUCUUAGAAUCAAUACUGUGUUUUGGUUCCAAGACAGAAAAGUGAUAAGAGCUAGGCAAUGGGGGUUAAGUGACUUGGCCAGGGUCAGAUAGCUAGAAGUGUCUGAGGACAAAUUUGAACCCAAGAUCUCCCAUCUCUAGGCCUGACUCUCGAUCUACUGAGCCAAUUAACUGGCCUAUCAAUUUUGUGAUAUUGAUAUUGAUGUGAUAUUGGUCUGAAUAAAGCCAAGCUAUUUGACCUGUUGUUGAGGGGCACUGCCACUUUCUGAGUGCGUCUUCACUGAAGUAUCCAGCAUGAUAGCCCUGGAGAAUAGCAUCCUCUUCCUACUUGCUUAGCAUUUUCUGAUCCCUGUAGCAUCAAAGCUGAAAUUGAGAUUGUCUUUAUGGACCAGACUGAGUACAGCUACCAGGGUAUGUACAACUCUCACCCUCACCCUCACCUUUACUUCACCCUCCCCCCCUUCUUCUCUCCCUCUCUCCUGAGAUUCUUAUGGUGAAAGCAGAUACAUAUUGUGUUCUAGCCUCUUACCUCUUUCCCCAUCCACUGGUAGUGGCCGUCCUUCUGGCCCUCCAUGAUGAGGAGGAAAGAGGGAUGCAAGCUGAAUGAGGUGGUCCCUCCAUGCAGAUAGCAGCUGGGGCUUGGCUGUAGCCACCCCAACUAGGGUUGUUUACUUGGAUUUCACCAUGUAAUCCUGUCCUUAUCUCCAGCAUUGUUUAGGGUGGGGACAAGGAGGGGGCCUACAGCACCCUUGGCAGAAUGGGAACCAACCUGUUGUCCUUCUCUCCAUGAAGCAUAUGUAACAUUGCUUGCCUGACUCACAGUUUUGCCCUACGGAUCUAAAACCCUUGUCAGACUGGUCCUGGAAAAGGUGGGUCAGGUCAUUGGUUUGCUGCCUCAUCCAGCUCUUUCCCUGCCACAGGAUAGGUUAUUGGGUAACCCCCAGCCCCUCUAGAAUUCUCUGCUGAAGCCUGUUCCUUUCUUAACUGGCAGGAUCCCUUUGCUACUGCCCUUUCUGCCUUCCCAGCUGUCUGGCUAAUCCUGAGGCCGAGGCAUGUAGUUCACUUUAUCUACAGGCUUCCUGAACUGCCCACUCUCUAACCUGAUCUCAAAAAGAAAUGGUUUUUUUCACCCCAGGAGUUCACCCUUCUACAUGGGCCACUAGCCUACAUAAAGUAGACUCAAUGAUCACUUUGUUGUUUCCACCAUGGCCAUAAGGGCAGGUAGGGACUGUUGUUUUUCAGGCAUUCUCAACAGAAACGUAUUCCCCGCAGGGGGGCCCAUCUAGUUCAUGGACCCCUGUUGUACUAUCAAAGAUAGUACAUGAGUCUCUGUGACAGACAUCUGGGAUGCUGGGUGUUUUGUCAUAAAGGAAACUGUGUCAAACCCCACCUUUUUCCAUUGAGUCAGAAUCAGAAGGAGUUUAUUCCAAAGUAUAAUCUUCCUUUGGCCCAACCUGGGAAGCUUUUUUGGUGGUUCUCUUGAUUCUCCAGAAUGUUGUACAGAAGAGUCUAUUGUGGGACGCAAUGAGCCCCUAAAGAAGGAGAGGCCCAAGUGGAAGAGUGAUUAUCCGAUGACAGACGGGCAGUUACGGAGCAAGCGAGAUGAGUUCUGGGACACAGCACCAGCUUUCGAAGGCCGAAAGGAGAUCUGGGAUGCACUAAAGGCUGCUGCCUUUGCAGUGGAGGCCAAUGACCACGAGCUAGCUCAAGCCAUCUUGGAUGGAGCCAGCAUCACUCUGCCUCAUGGUUCUCUGAGUGAGUGUUACGAUGAGCUGGGCAAUCGCUAUCAGCUUCCUGUCUACUGCUUGGCACCACCAGUCAACUUGCUCCUGGAGCGCAGUGAGGAUGAUGGUGUGGAGCCCCCAGAACCAGCCCCUAGUACCCGGCGGGAGUUUCCUCUCAAGGUGCGCCUGUCCACUGGCAAGGACGUGAGGCUCAGUGCCAGCCUCUCCGACACAAUUGGGCAGCUCAAGAGGCAGCUGCACACCCAGGAGGGCAUCGAACCUUCCUGGCAGCGCUGGUUCUUUUCUGGGAAGCUACUCACAGAUCGAAUGCGGCUCCAGGAGACCAAGAUCCAGAAGGAUUUUGUUAUCCAAGUUAUCAUCAACCAGCCCCUGCCGCCCCAGGACUGACUUCCAGAGGGGGCAGUGAGGAAAGAGGCUCCUUUUCCCCAGGGCAGUUAUCCCACCUGGGAUGCCAGGCUUACCCUCAUCCUGCUGCCUGUCCUUGGGUCCUCUUGCCCUUUCCAGGCGAUACCUUCCUUGGUUGCUGCUUUGUUGGCAGUGAAGGAACACUGCCAGGUGCAUCUGGGGUUACUUGAUACAGGCCUCUGAGAAGCAGUGCUGCUACAUACAAGCCCCCAGAAUAGGGUUUUUGGCUGACCCUGGUGCAAGAAAUACAGAGGAUUGCUCACUUCUCCUGGGUUAGCAAGGUGGCCUUCUUGCUGCACCUCUCCCAUGGCAGGGUGGGCAAAUCACUUCUGGCUAAAGGGCCAGCAAUCCCUGGGCCAUCUGGGCCCCAGAUAGCUCUAGUCUGGUGCUGUAGGCUAUGCUUACUCUACCAGCUUUUUCCUCAGGGUUGGAAGCAGCUUCUGCCUCCCCUCUACCCCCGGCUCUGUUGUGGUCAUGGUGCCAGCUCCCCAAUAGUGAAGGGGACCAACAGUGAGUCCCAGGGAGCAGUGAGAGCUGGUGAAGGCCAUCACCUCUUUCCCUGCCCCAGCACAAUUGGCAAGGAUGAAGGUGUGUGGCAAAGAUAUAGACUGAGCCAGUCCAGAAUAUUUCUGGACAAACUCAUCUUUCCAGAUGGAAUCCUGGCAUGGCUGUCUCCAAGCUGGUUGUCUUUCCCACGGUGGGUCCUUGUGUACAGAAAUAUUUGCAUAUUUAUCAAUAAAGCCUUUUGCUCCUUCUGUCUCA